CUCCUCUUCCUCAACAAUCCAACCUCAUCCACAUCCACCCAUCCAUAAACCAACGGGAAUACUACCCCGUCGGCCUUCACCAUGGCCUUCCGCAACGGGUCCUUUGCGACCUUCCUAAUCGUCUGCCCAACAUCCUUCUUCCUGGGCCUCAUCUUCUCCCUCUUCCCCUACGACUACCCCAUCCUCUGGUCGACGACACCCACGCCCGCAACGCACUUCGACUACUUCGAAUCGCACCUGCGAUUCCUGCACGCCUCGCCGCCGCUCAUCCCGCGGAUCCUGCACAUCGUGAUCUUCCUGGGCUUGCUCGGUCUGAUCAUGAAACUGUACAAACCGUCCGAAUCGAAUAUGUUGUUCGAUGGCGCCAGUCUCGUGCUGUAUAUGUGUGGGAUUACGGUCUACAUUGCGAAUAUUGUCAAGGGGUUGAGGUUGGUUAGUGGCGGGGUUUAUGGGGAUGAGUUGGUGGUCAAAGGUGCUGCGAAUGGAGGUGGGGAAGGGGAUGAAGGGGUUGAGCAGGGGCAGAUUCUGGGUAGGGAGGAUAGUUUGAAGGUGUUGGCGGCGAGUAAUACCAUCCUUGCGCUGGUGUUGGUUGGUGUGUUGGUGUUGCAGGCGGGGCAGUGGUAUGCGGAGAGGAAGGAGGCGCAGGAGUAAGAAGAAGAGGAAUUGAUCAAAUUAGUUGAGUGGGUUUGGGGGGUGGGAGAGGUGAGAUGGUGUGAGUGUUGGGGAAGUCAAAGUAUGGUAGUAGUGGGAUGUGUAUGGUAUCAGUUACUAUGAAUUGCAGUUUCAAA